CAGGAGCUGCUGGGGCACGGCGCGCGGACAUUACGCUUGACGAACGCGUGAACCAAGCAACGGGGAUGACACGACGCUGACUUGCUGCGAGAGAACGCGCUGUUUUGGGGCGCGGGAACUCUACAAAAGCACGAACGAGUGAAGUUAGUAGUCAAUGUUCAGGAACAGUGAGUUUAGGAUGAGCUUUAAUGAGUUGGACGCGGACUGGAUUAACGGGGACGUCCUGAGUAGAAGCUUGACCCGAGGCGCGCGCUCCAAAUAAGGGGAGCUGAGAGGAAAACACGGGCGGAUGGUGUGGAGUCCGUUUGCUUCCUUGCUUUAGAAAUACACGCUUGGGAACGAAUUUGUGACGGUUUGACGGUGGAAAAUGGCUCUGCCGGUACAAGCCGAGACGAGGAAAUUCACCCGGGGGCUCAGCAAACCGGGAACAGCCGCCGAGCUGCGACAGAGCGUCUCCGAGGCGGUGAGGAGCUCCGUGCUGGUGCUAAAGCCACGUUUGAUUGAGCCGUUGGACUACGAGAGUGUCCUGGUCCAGAGGAAGACUCAGAUCCUUAGCGAUGUGCUCCGAGACAUGCUUCAGUUCCCGUUGGAGGAUUUUCAGACCUGCAUUCUGCGCCGGCAGAUCCGCACUCUGUACCCAUCAGUUCCAGAGAAUGCCCAGAGAGAAGCACACAGCCUGUUCGUGCAGGAGUGUCUUAAGACCUACAAAUCAGACUGGCACGUUGUCAACUACAAGUAUGAAGAUUAUUCUGGUGACUUUCGUCAACUCCCCAACAAAGUGUCGAGACCCGAUAAGCUGGCAGUUCAUGUGUUCGAGGUUGACGAGGAUGUCGAUAAAGACGAGGACACAGCUUCCCUGGGCUCUCAGAAGGGAGGUGUUAGUAGACAAGGCUGGCUUUACAAAGGCAACAUGAACAGUGCGAUCAGUGUCACUAUGAGGUCUUUCAAAAGGAGGUAUUUCAACCUCACGCAAUUAGGAGACGGCUCCUAUAACCUGAACUUCUAUAAGGAUGAAAAGAUCUCCAAGGAGCCGAAAGGAACCAUCUUCCUAGAUUCCUGCAUGGGUGUGGUUCAGAAUAAUAAGGUGCGCAGGUUUGCAUUUGAACUGAAGAUGCAGGAUAAGAGUGCAUAUCUGUUGGCCGCCGACUCUGAAAGUGAGAUGGAGGAGUGGAUCAGCACUCUGAACAAAAUACUUCACAGCAGCUUUGAGCUCGCCAUGCAAGAGAAGAGGAAUGGAGACCUACAUGAUGACGAUGAACUGGGGAAGACUGACAGCUCUUCUGGAAAUAUGGACAGCUUUCAGAGUGCCAGAGACAUCGAGUCUAAGAUGAGAAAUGAAACUCGGCUAAAGCUCUUCACAUUGGAUUCAGACACGCAGAUAUCUGGACGUGUCUGCAUACAGAAGCUGGACUUCUCUGGGAUCGAGCCGGAAAGCAGACCUUUUGAGGAGAAGUUUGGGAAGCGGCUUCUCGUGAAAUGCAACGACCUGUCAUUCAACCUGCAGAGCUGUGUGGCAGAGAAUGAGGAGGGCCCAACCACCAACGUGGAGCCGUUCUUCGUGACACUGUCCCUGUUUGAUAUUCAGAACAGUCGGAAGAUCUCGGCGGAUUUCCACGUAGACCUAAACCACCCGUCAGUAAGAGCCAUGAUUCCAGGCUCUGGUGUUCAGAUCUUUAAUGGAGCUUCAGAUGCAGCACAGCAAACACAGAAUGAGCUCCCCGAGAGUUUUCUGCAGUAUCCACGACAGAUGACCGACUCUUCAUUCAGAAUCAGCAAUACACAGUGGCAAGGAGAUGCUGAAAGAAAUGGAGUGUUUUCUGUGAUGUGUCCACACCCAGAUAUCUUCCUGGUGGCUCGGAUUGAGAAAGUUCUUCAGGGUGGAAUAGCUCACUGUGCUGAGCCAUACAUGAAAAGUUCUGAUUCCACCAAGACAGCACAGAAGGUGCUGAAGAAUGCUAAAGUAGCAUGUAGCAGGCUCGGGCAGUACAGGAUGCCAUUUGCUUGGGCAGCCAGACCUUUGUUUAAGGAUGCAAAUGGGGCACUGGAUAAAUCUGCACGUUUCUCUGCAAUCUACAGGCAGGACAGUAACAAGCUAUCUGAUGAGGAUAUGUUCAAACUUCUGGCAGAUUUCAAGAAGCCAGAGAAAAUGGCUAAGCUGCCAGUGAUCCUGGGGAAUCUGGAUGUCACUAUCGACAACGUGGCCCCAGAUCUCCCAAACUGCAUAACAUCCUCGUAUAUCCCAGUGCGCCAGUUUGAGAGCAGUAAUUGGAACGGGGUGUUGUUUGAGGUUGAGGAGUUUGUGCCAUGUAUAGCGAAAUGCUCACAACCCUUCACCACCUAUAACAAUCACCUGUAUGUCUACCCACGCCACCUCAAAUAUGACAGCCAGAAGACCUUUGCUAAGGCUAGAAACAUUGCUGUGUGUGUGGAGUUUAGAGACUCGGAUGAGGAGGAUGCACUUCCUUUAAAGUGUAUAUAUGGUCGUCCAGGUGGAUCGCUUUUCGCUAAGAAUGGCAUUGCUGCGGUGUUGCAUCAUCAGCAGAGUCCUGAGUUUUAUGAUGAGUUUAAGAUUGAGCUGCCUACUCAGCUGAAUGAGAAGCACCACCUUCUGUUCACAUUCUACCACAUCAGCUGUGACACCAACAGCAAAGCUAGCACUAAGAAGCGGGAACAGGUGGAGAUACAGGUGGGCUAUGCAUGGCUGCCCUUACUGAAGGAUGGCAGAGUGAUUAUGAAUGAACAGAAUAUUUCUGUAGCUGCAAACCUGCCCGCUGGUUACCUCAGCUGCCAGGAGGGCAACAGCAAGCAGCACACAGGCCCUGAAGUGAAGUGGGUUGAUGGAGGAAGGCCACUGUUUAAGGUCUCCACUCACCUUGUGUCCACCAUCUACACACAGGAUCAGCAUCUGCACAAUUUCUUCCAGCACUGUGAGAGCACUGUGUCUGCAGCCCAAUCCACAGGAGGCGAGCUGGUCAAAUACCUUAAGAGUCUGCAUGCAGUGGAAGCUCACGUGAUGAUAAACUUCCUACCCACAAUUCUGAACCAGCUGUUCUGCGUUCUCACCAGCGCAUCUCUCGAGGACGUGGCGGUCAAUGUCACACGAGUUAUGAUCCAUAUAGUGGCUCAGUGCCACGAGGAGGGCUUGGAACAUUAUCUACGGUCAUAUGUCAAGUACGUGUUUAUGUCAGAUGCUAACACAGCCACUGGUAAAACGGUGCACGAGGAGCUGGCCAAAGCCAUGACCACCAUUCUAAAGCCCUCCACAGACUUCCUCACCAGCAACAAACUGCUCAAGUACUCCUGGUACUUUUUUGAGGCCUUAGUGAAGUCCAUGGCACAGUACUUGAUAGAAAGCGGUAAAGUUAGGCUGUCCAGGAACCAGCAUUUCUCAGCCUCGUUUCACCACACAGUGGAGACCUUGGUGAAUAUGCUGAUGCCUCACAUCACGCAGAAAUACAAAGACAACCUGGAUGCAACGCGCAAUGCCAACCACAGCCUGGCUGUCUUCAUCAAGCGCUGUUUUACUUUCAUGGAUCGCGGCUUUGUCUUCAAGCAGAUCAACAACUAUAUCAACUGCUUUAUGCCUGGAGAUGCCAGGACACUGUGCGAGUUUAAAUUUGAGUUCCUGAAGGUGGUGUGCAACCAUGAGCACUACAUCCCUCUUAAUCUGCCCAUGCCAUUCGGGAAAGGGCGGAUUAUGAGAUUUCAAGCCGCUCCCUACUACAGUAUGGAGUCUCAGUCUGCUCUAGAUCUUCUGCUGGACUACUCUCUAACUGAUGACUUCUGUAAGAAUCACUUCCUGGUUGGGCUUUUAUUAAGGGAGGUGGGUGCAGCUCUACAGGAGUUUCGUGAUAUUCGUCAAAUAGCCAUCCAGGUGCUGAAGAACAUGAUGAUCAAACAUACAUUUGAUGAUCGUUACACCUCCAAGAGUCAGCAGGCACGGUUAGCUACGCUAUACCUGCCUCUCUUUGGCCUACUCCAGGAGAACGUCCACAGACUCAAUAUUAAAGAUACCACACCCUUGACCAACAGUCUCUCCAGCAGCACUGUACGUGAUGAACCGGUCCCUACCGGCUCUUUGAUGACACCCCAUAAAACAGGGAGUCAUAUCGAGAGCAGCCUGCAUAAGGAUGUGUUUGGGGUUAUAUCUGGAACAGUCACUCCACAUGCGUCCUCCACUCCAAACAUCUCUGUACGUCACGCUGACUCGCGCUGCUCCCUCAUCAGCACUGACUCAGGAAGCAGCCUACCUGAACGUAGCAAUGACAAAUCCCAGCCUCUUGACAAGCAGUGCAAUGUGGCUGCAGCUCUGGGUGGAUCCCUCCUGCGCUGUGAUAAACUAGAGCAGUCUGAAGUGAAGAGCCUGUUAAUGUGUUUCCUCCAUGUGCUCAAGAGCAUGUCUGAAGAUGCCCUCUUUACGUACUGGAAUAAAGCUUCAUCUGGAGAUCUGAUGGACUUUUUCACUCUGUUGGAACUGUGUCUCCACCAGUUCAGAUACAUGGGGAAGCGAUAUAUUGCCAGGAGCCAGGAAGGGUCUGUAGCACAUGAGCGCAAAUCUCAGACUCUACCUGUGUCCCGCAGUAGAGCCGGAAUGAUGCAUGCUCGCUUACAGCAGCUCAGCAGCUUGGAUAACUCGUACACUUACAACCACACCUACAGUCAUUCGGAUGCAGAUGUGUUAAACCAGUCACUGCUGGAGGCGAAUAUUGCUACUGAAGUGUGUCUGACAGUACUGGAUGUACUAAGCAUCUUCAUCAUGGGAUUUAAGACCCAGCUGAGCUUAGAUCAUGGACACAACCCCCUGAUGAAAAAGGUGUUUGCAGUCCAUCUGUGUUUUCUACAAAUCAACCAGUCAGAGACAGCCCUCAAACAAGUCUUCACUUUCCUGCGCACCUUUAUCUACAAGUUCCCUAGUACAUUUUUCGAGGGCCGUGCGGAUAUGUGCGCAUCCUUCUGUUAUGAGAUCCUAAAGUGCUGUAACUCUAAACUCGGCUCUAUCCGCUCCGAUGCCGCCCACCUGCUUUACUUUCUCAUGAAGAGUAAUUUUGACUACACGGGCAGGAAGUCCUUUGUUCGCACCCAUCUGCAGGUGGUGAUUGCUGUCAGUCAACUGAUUGCUGAUGUUAUCGGAAUUGGUGGGAUGAGGUUUCAGCAGUCUCUGUCCAUCAUAAACAACUGUGCAAACAGUGACAAGACCAUUAAAAACACCGCUUUUCCAUCUGACGUGAAAGACCUGACAAAGCGAAUCCGUACAGUCCUGAUGGCCACAGCUCAGAUGAAGGAGCAUGAGCGAGAUCCAGAGAUGCUGGUGGACCUGCAGUACAGUCUGGCCAAGUCGUACGCCAGCACUCCUGAACUGCGCAAAACCUGGCUGGACAGCAUGGCCCGCAUCCAUGUCAAGAAUGGGGAUCUGUCUGAGGCCGCCAUGUGUUACGUGCAUGUGGCAGCACUGGUAGCCGAAUACCUUCAAAGAAAAGGCAUGUUUAAACAGGGCUGCUCUGCAUUUCGAGUGGUCACGCCCAACAUUGACGAGGAGGCAUCUAUGAUGGAAGAUGUAGGCAUGCAGGACGUGCACUUCAAUGAGGACGUCCUAAUGGAGCUUUUAGAGGAGUGUGCCGAUGGACUCUGGAAAGCAGAACGAUAUGAGCUCAUCUCUGAUAUCUACAAGCUCAUCAUACCUAUCUAUGAGAAACGCAGAGACUUUGAGAAACUGGCUCACCUAUAUGAGACACUCCACCGUGCAUACAGUAAGGUCACUGAGGUGAUGCACACAGGAAAGAGGCUCCUGGGAACCUACUUCAGGGUGGCCUUCUUCGGACAGGGAUUCUUUGAGGAUGAAGAUGGAAAAGAAUACAUCUAUAAAGAGCCCAAAUUUACCCCUCUGUCAGAGAUCUCUCAGCGACUCCUUAAACUCUACUCAGAGAAGUUCGGUGCAGAGAAUGUCAAAAUGAUCCAGGACUCAGGAAGGAUUAAUCCUAAAGACCUGGAUUCCAAGUAUGCAUAUAUACAGGUGACUCAUGUCACUCCCUUCCUGGAGGAAAAGGAGCUGGUGGAGAGGAAGACUGAAUUCGAGAGGAGCCACAACAUCCGUCGUUUUGUAUUUGAGAUGCCCUUCACUGUCUCGGGCAAGAAGCAGGGUGGUAUCGAGGAGCAAUGCAAACGCAGGACUAUUCUCACCACCACACACUGUUUCCCAUACGUUAAGAAGCGGAUAGCGGUGAUGUAUCAGCACCACACAGACCUGAAUCCCAUCGAGGUGGCUAUUGAUGAGAUGAGUAAAAAAGUAGCCGAGCUGCGGCAGCUCUGUGCCUCGAGUGAAGUGGAUAUGAUCAAACUACAGCUCAAACUACAGGGAAGCAUCAGCGUACAGGUGAAUGCUGGCCCACUGGCCUAUGCUAGAGCUUUCCUUGAUGAUACCACAUCUAAGAAAUACCCUGAUAACAAAGUUAAACAGCUCAAAGAGGUGUUUAGGCAGUUUGUGGAGGCAUGCGGUCAUGGGCUGGGCAUUAAUGAGAGGCUCAUCAAAGAGGACCAGCAGGAGUAUCAUGAUGAAAUGAAGGCCAACUACAGAGACCUCACCAGGGAACUCUCUGCAAUUAUGCAUGAGACGAUCUCUCCUGUGGAGGACGUCAUGAAGAGUCCCCUGCCUGACUCCCUUCACAUCUUCAAUGCCAUCAGUGGCACUCCCACUGCAGCCAGCAUCCAGGGCAUGCCCACCUCCUCUUCUGUGGUCUGAGCUUCACCCUGCACUCAGCUUAGCCCUGCAACCUUUUACAUUUGGUGCAUGACUGCGUUCACACACAACUCUUAACAGCAAGAUGUCGUCCCGUCCCCCCCCCAAUUUGUUUCUCCAUUUCUCUAUCCUUAAAACCCAGAGGAGAAUCUCUGUUUCAUGAGUGUCCCUAAUAGUGACCAUGGAAUAGAGGAUAGCGUAGCAGUAUGUGACCUAUUAGCUUGGUUUACGUAAACAUAUAUUUUUAAGGAUUUUUUUUUUAUUUAGUUUCUAUCCCAUUCUGACUGGGAAUCUGAGUUACUGUUUCCUGUGGAGACUUUUUACGUGUUAUUUACCCAUCAUCUGCCAAGUGUUUUUUUUUUUUUUUUUUUUUUUUUUUUUUUUUUAAAUCAUCAUUACUGAUUUGUUUCUUGCUCCUUGUUUGCUAUUUCUAACUUAAAACUCCAUAGUAAUACCAUAUGUACAGAAUUUCAGUUUCAGACGUCUUACAGAUGGUCUGCUUGGCCGCUUUGUUUUGAAUUUAGUUUUGCUUUUCUCUGUUUUAAAUGAGAAGAAAAAUAUGUGAUGGAAUACACAAACCUAAGCAUCAAACACAGACACGAAUCACUUUAAUGUCUCAGAUGGAGAUAUUUUUAAAGCCAUGAUAUUAUGUGUAUAAAUAUCUGAACAGAGUGCAAUAUGAAGCAAGCGGAGCUCUUGCUGUGUUUGAUACACUGUAAGCAUGGUGUUAUUACUUCUUGCCAAAGAGUUGAGGAGAGGAGCCACUGAAGGAGCAGACACAUUUACCACAUUAGUGUUCCUUUAAAUGUUUAUCAAAUGCUUUUUUAUAUUCACAAUGGUGAUUUUUUUUUCAAUCUCUAUUUAAUAGAAAGUCACUGUUCUACUGUAUGAAAACUGUUCCUGUUUGAAAUAAAUGUCACUAUUUUAACAUUG